CGUCGACGUUUGCUUGUCGUCCAACCUCGCUGCAAGCGAUAGCCUGCGAGCUGCCUUAUUGCUGCAGCGAGCCGCCCGCCGUCGCGCCGCCGCCAUGAGUACCAUGAUCACCUUCGCGGCCAACAACGAGUUCUUCAGGAAGCGCAAGCGCGUACAUCGCGCAUGCGACUCGUGCAAGAAACGACGGAAGCGAUGCAGCCAUACCUUCGACGACGACGCGGAUGCCGGAAGCUCUACCAAAAGCGGACAGCCCGCCAACCAUGCUCAGGAACCUCAUGCAUCAAAUGCCAGCUAUCCUGAUCAAAGAGGCCCGCGGGCGGAUUCUCAGCGCGAUGGAGCAGGAACCCACUCUUCCAUGGCGCCCUACAGCCCCAGCGACGACCCGCCCGCUCAGACGCCGCCCAACUUCCUCGGCUACCUGAACCCGGAGGCUGUCCUCAGGGAGCAGGUCUACUCGGAGAAGGGCAAGUCAACGCAGUCUCCCGUGAUUCCCUCCAUAGGCCAGUGGAUAGAAGGCGAGAACCCUGCCCUAGGCAGACCAUCCACGAGCCAGCCCGGAGCAGCACCAGCAAGAUUCGAUGACACGAGUCCGACUGCGAACCAGGACGUCAGAGUCCAGCGAGCUCUUCGUCAGUAUCUGGAAGCAGUCGGCGUCACAAUUUUACCACCUCGGGAGUGUCAAGACGGCUUGCUCGACCUCUACUUCAACUAUGUCCAUCCGUUGCUCCCGCUGAUUGACCAAGAUGUAUUUGCCGAACGCUACGCCCAAGGGCAUGAGUCUCGUCUGUUGAUGCAGGCAAUAUGUAUUGUAGCUUCAAAGCAUGCCGAUGCUGGGAGCUAUCUGUGUCUCGGCGACGAUCCUCGCAAGAUGGGCCCGCGCGAGUUCUCACAUCGCCUGUACAACGCUGUCAUCGCAGGCAUUGAGGCCAAGCUGGAGAAGAACCGUGUCGUCUUGAUACAGGUCCUAGCACUGAUAUCGCUGCACUGCGAAGGCCCCGAUGGUGCCGAGCAGGCGUCAAUGCAUCUCGCACAGGCUAUACACCACGCACACACGUUCGGCCUGCAGUUCGGACAUCAGUGGAAAAACCAAAAGUCCGACGACCAAGAAAACCUAGAAGACCUUUUCUGGUGCUUGUGGAGUCUGGACAAGAUCAACGCUUGCAUGAAUGGGAGACCGCUCUUGAUGCAUGAACGCGAUAAUAGUCUGACGAAGCUGCCUACGGAUCCAGAGAAGAGGCAGAGUCCGUUCGGUGUUUGGCUGCAGAUAUCAGAGAUGCUUGACAAAGUCAUAGACUACUACAGACCUGGCAGCAAGGCAGAAGAGACGGGCUGGGAAGGUGACGACUUUCUGGGUUUUGAGGAGAUGGUCGGCGACGGCGAGGACAAGCUUGAAGGUCCUAUCAUGAGCUUACUGUCACUCUUCCACCACACCAUGUGCAUGGCAUCGCACAAGUCACUGUCUAUAAACGCUCCCGUCAAGUCCACGCCGUCCUAUGUCCGACAAAGUCUAUCCGCGACUCGAGUGAUCCAUCUGCUAAAUGCAGAAGCUCCCGAACGUCUACCACCCCUACCACUAGUCCCCUAUGCACUAUCUGUUGCCCUGAGCGUGGUCUAUCGGCAUUUCCGUUCUAGAAGGCUGAAGGUGCACAUCAACCGCGCAAGUGAAGAACUGAAGCAAUGCGUCGUGCUCCUUAACCGCCUACGUUACGCAUGGUGGGCAGCUGGCACAAUGGCUGAUCUCGGCACCGCCGUCCUGAACAACGCAGAACGCAACACGCGCACAGCAAACACGCCCGCCGCUCCCGCAGACCAUUUGCACCACCCCGUUACCAAACCAGAUCCGGCGGGUACCCACAUCCAGCAGCAGCAUCACGCGUCCACGCCGAGCAACUGGCAGACCCUCGACAACGCCACGCCAAUUGAUCCGCGCCUGCAAGCUCCAAAUCCAGCCUCCGCACCCACGCCACACAUGACGCAUCUUCUCAAUCCUCUCCCGCCACCACCUACGCCGGGCCAGCAUCCAACGAGCAGCGAGCGCGGCUCCCAUUCGCAACAUCCCGGCGCAGCACCGCCGAUGGCGCACGCGGGCCAGCCGUUCGACUUCUCCGAGGCAAGUCCGGAUUGGCUGAACUUUGACACUGCGUUUGAGAACUUUGAGGGACUACUGGGGAGCUCGGGUGCAGAUCUGAGCAAUGAGCUGUUUAGGCCGUUAAAUUAUGAGAGUCUAGAUGGGUUUCUGGAUCCGGGGAAUUGAGGGUGGCAUCUUAUGGAGUCAUCUGGAUAGGGCGGGCACGGAGCAUGGAGAUGCUGCGAUAGCAAAGGAAGCUGUAUAUUCUUUGUGUGUUUGUAGAUGACUGUCUUUAUGUCGGUAUAAAGUGUCUAUACGGUGUGUUCGGAAGUAUUUCCUUAGGCCGAAAUCGGGUUGGGAAUAGGGUACGUGUGGGAAAUGUAGGCAGGGCAGGAUAUCACAUGUUAGGACAGGACUGGGCGCUUGCAGUAUACCACUUCUGGCUUGCUUAGGAAAUGGUUUCUUCUCUUCACACCCUCUAGGAUAUCG